AACGAAGCCCUAAUUUUUGGUCCCGCUUCUCAAAUCUCGCGGUUUCGCUAUGUCGUCGACAUCGGCUACUGCAGCUUCUUCUUCAUCCUCAACGGCGUCGUCUCAAUUCACCUACACUACCGGCAUGUACUUUCCGACUCCGUUUCACCUACAACAGCCGCAAACCUAUGUGGCUGCUGCCGCUGCCGCUUCAAUUCUGCAAUUUCCUGCUCCUCCUCCUGCGGUUCCCCACGUUUAUCCUGCUCCCGCUACAGUCCCUACCGUGUACUCCCUCCCUCAGUAUCAACAGGCCCAGCAAUUAUUUCAGAGGGAUGCACAAACAAUAACACUUGAAGCGCUAGAGAGUGUGAAAGCUGCGCUUGCAAGUAGUGAGAUUGAGCACAAGGCCGAGACUAAGAAGAAAGCAGUACCUCGUAAGGCAGCAGGGCAGGCAUGGGAGGAUCCUACACUUGCAGAUUGGCCAGAGAAUGAUUCUCGUUUAUUCUGUGGUGAUCUUGGUAAUGAGGUGAAUGAUGAUGUUCUAUCCAAAGCAUUUUCAAGAUUUCCAUCUUUUAACAUGGCCAGGGUGAGUUAUUUGAACUCGUCCACUUUUUAUAUGUCUCAACCUUCUCUUGUUCGAAUUAUCGAAACUUUAAUUUGUCUCCUUGUCGUGGUUGCCUUUGGUGAGGUUCUGACCUGAUUUUGCAUGAUCCCUUAAUCUGAUUUCGAAGAAGUGCUUUGAUCUGAUGUACGAGUUUAAAACUUUGAACUUGGACAACAUCUAUGGUUAUGUUUGUGUGAAAUAAGAUUAAAUUUUGCUAGCAUAUGAUUCUUUAGCUUAAGGGAUGCUUGGUAUCGAACACUGUUCUGGCUGAUCAUACUGGUGCUUCUACCAUCAUUUUUAUAAAAGAGAGAAAUUUAAGAAUCUCUCAUGCCUCUGAGCUCUUGAAUCUGUGCACUUUUGUGUCUGCAUCCACACUCGUCCCUUUUGUCGUGACAAAUGCCCCUUGUAGUUAGUCAAACAUAAUAUAUAUUAUCUGAUGUUUAAAGGAGAAUGAUUAAUCUGCUUAGUCAUACUGUCUUUUGUUCAGUGCAUUACUUGACAGUGUUGGUACUGUGAUCACUACUGUAUGUAAUGUUGCCUGGACGACGAGCUUUAGUUUCAGCUUGUUGACAAUGUUGGCUGUUCAGGCACCAGUUAGUGAUUGGGAGUACAAUGCUACGCUCCCCAAAACUGCUUCAAUGAUUGAUUUGGCUUCAAAAAUAAUGAUGACUUGUUUAGCACUGACUUAAGUGAGGACCAGCUGAGGCAGAGACUUGGACACAUGUCCCACA